AGAGCGGGUUAGAAUCUAUUAAUUAUGUUAAAACUGUUUUUUGCUUUUUGAUUUUUACACGAGUCUAACAAUAAUGGUAUAUAAAAUAAAUACUAUUAAAUUAAGAACAUGACCUAUUCAUAGGUGUGGUUUAACUAUUUUAAUAAAAUUAUAAAAAAAAUUAUUAAUUAUCUAAAAAAAUAUUAUACAAAGAAAAACACAGAUAUAACUAAAAACACAAAUAUAAAAACUAAAACUUUUAAAAAAUAUAAAACAAAAAUAUACCCGCCCUUUUAAGGGCGGGUCAGAAUCUAGUUUUCCCUUAAAUCUGCGUUUUAAUAAGUUUGUUAUUUUCUUGUUAGCUGUCAAAAUAAAAAAUAAAUAAAUAAAAGAGUAAGUUUAUUACUAUUAUAUACUAAUAACUUUUUGUUCAAAUCAAAACUUCCAUGUUUAGUGAAAUCACGUAACCUUCACCGUUUCUAAAAAUCAAAACCCUUCUUCGCUGGAUCACAAACAAACAAAACAACCAAACAAUCCUAUAAAACCAUUUCUCUUGAAUCCUUCACAACACACAAUAAAGUUUCUGCUAAAGAAAAAACAUAAUAAAGUUUUUUUCUUUCGCAAGUCUCGUGAACGAUGGUGUCUAAGAACGUUUUGGUAACCGGCGGUGCUGGAUACAUCGGAAGUCACACGGUGCUUCAAUUGCUUACCGGCGGUUACUCCGCCGUAGUUGUCGAUAACCUCGACAAUUCAUCCGCCGUUUCUCUCCAGCGCGUGAAGAAACUCGCCGCCGAACACGGGGAACGUCUCUCCUUCCACCAGGUUGAUCUCCGGGACAGACCUGCCCUUGAAAAGAUCUUCUCAGAAACAAAGUUUGAUGCAGUGAUACACUUUGCUGGACUUAAAGCAGUCGGUGAGAGUGUAGACAAGCCUUUGCUGUAUUAUAAUAACAAUCUUGCUGGGACAAUUACGCUUUUGGAAGUCAUGGCUCAAUACAACUGCAAAAAUCUUGUGUUUUCAUCAUCAGCAACUGUGUAUGGCUCACCAAAAGAAGUUCCUUGCACAGAGGAGUUUCCAAUCUCUGCAUUGAACCCAUAUGGACGAACAAAGCUAUUCAUUGAGGAGAUCUGUCGUGAUGUAUAUGGCUCUGAUCCGGAAUGGAAGAUCGUACUGCUUAGGUAUUUCAACCCUGUUGGUGCACAUCCUAGUGGUGACAUUGGUGAAGAUCCCCGUGGUAUUCCAAACAAUCUCAUGCCUUUUGUCCAGCAAGUCGCUGUUGGAAGGAGACCUCAUCUCACUGUCUAUGGAAAUGAUUACAAUACAGUAGAUGGAACAGGGGUUCGAGAUUACAUUCAUGUAAUGGAUUUAGCUGAUGGACACAUAGCCGCUCUGCGUAAGCUAGAGGAUUGCAAAAUCGGUUGUGAAGUGUACAAUCUUGGAACUGGAAAUGGAACAUCUGUUCUUGAAAUGGUUGACGCCUUUGAAAAAGCGUCUGGGAAGAAAAUCCCUCUGGUGACCGCCGGACGUCGUCCAGGAGAUGCUGAAGUUGUUUAUGCAUCAACAGAGAGAGCAGAAAGUGAAUUGAAUUGGAAGGCCAAAUACGGGAUUGAGGAGAUGUGCAGGGACUCAUGGAACUGGACUAGUAAUAAUCCUUAUGGAUAUGAUUCCUCUGAUGCCUGAAGAUUUCUCAUUAACAACCCUCUUUUAAUAUUCUUCUUUUCUUUAACUUAUUUGUCUACCUAUCCCAUAUGUGAAAAACUCACAGGAAAAAGCUGAUUGAAAGAAAAUAUUGAAGUUGUGUAUUUUUACAAUAAUAAUUAUCAAAUCCUUACUGUUUCAAGUGAUCAA